UAUAAUUUUCCAUUUUCAGUCCCCGCGACAGGUUCCUCUGUAAUUAUGACAGAAAUAGACGUCAAAGACACAUUGCUCUGUUUUUCGGUGGGACCUUGUAACAUCGGAAAUUCUCAGUGGAGAUAGCACAGUUACUCUUGUAUGAUUUAUCGUUUUAUCGUUGAUUGUAGUGAGUACUGAACUGAGUGAGUGCAAUGAACUUAACCACUUGAUUCAUCGAAUUCCUGUGAAAUAAUAUUUCUAAUAAUUCAUAAUUCAGUGAAAAUAUUGGAAUGAGAUUGGGCGUUCUAUCCAGUGGGAUUGACAUAAUUUUGGAGAUGGUGAACCCCAGUUUAUAUACAAUAAUUCCAAUGCACGAGCGUCCAGACUUGCUCAAGGAAACCUCAAGCCUCAUCAAUUCACAAUGGCCUGCCAGUGAACGUAGACGAAUCCAAACACUGAAGGCUUCAUGUGAUAAUUUCCCGAUAAAUUUGAUACUUUUGAAAGAUGACAGAGUAAUCGGACACUGCAAAAUAUCGAAGAUACCGGCAAUGGAGGACAGUUGCUACAUGGAAACUUUUGUGAUUGAUCGUGAACACAGGUCCCAGGGGCUGGGCUCCAAGCUCCUCCAAGCAGCUGGAGACCUGAUGUCAAAGAAGGGAAUAAAGAAUUCAUUCCUCUCAACAAAAGGCCAAGAAAAAUUUUAUUCUAAAAAUGGAUAUAGAGUCUGUGAAGCAACGGAAAUACUGGCGACGUGGCGUCGGGGUCUUCCGGAGUUACCCUUUAUCAAAUCUAAUUCAUCAUGUAAAUUCUUUAGUCCACCACCACCACCAAUGCCAAGGCAUCGUUUCGUAACGCCGCAAACGGUUGUGCUUUAUCCUGGAAGAACGCAUAUGCUAAAACAUUUAUAGUAUUAUCAUCAUUACCUCUGAAAUAUAUAUAUAUUUUUUUCAA